GGAUGCAGAAACCCUCCUCGAGCGUCUCUCUCACGUGCGCGCCACUGUCAAUCAAUCCGGCGCGUCAUGAGUCUCAUUCACAGGUGAUAUCUAUUAGCCUACCUCAUCUUCGGUCAGGUGUCGCGUCCGUGGAUCCAUCAAACCGUAACCCUUACCCGUGAGAGAUAUUUCUUGAAGCGGCUUUGGCGAGUUGCACUGGGCUUUGCAGAUGCCAUGUUGGAGCAGUAAGCUAACCAUGGCGGAAAAUCAUAUGGAGUACGGCUACCUGGAGGGCGAGUCCAUGGGGGAGCAUUUCGCCGAGGACCCGGAGCUGGCCGCCAUCAAGGCCAGGGUUCAGGAGCUGGAGAUGGAAGAAGAGACGGAGAGACUGAAGGAGGAGGAGGAUAGGUGUGAUGCAGCGGAGAUGCAGCUCCUGACGAGCUCCCCCCGACCCGGACCUUUCUACAAUAUGACCCCCGAGGAGAGGAUAGACGCAGACAAUAGAUCGGUCUAUGUCGGAAAUGUAGAUUAUGGAGCUACGGCAGACGAGCUAGAGAUCCAUUUCAAUGGCUGUGGUCCUGUCAACAGAGUUACCAUCCUGUGUGACCGGUUCUCAGGCCAUCCUAAAGGGUUUGCAUACAUUGAGUUCUCUGAUCGAGACUCGGUGCACAGUGCCAUUGGUUUGCAUGAGACCUUGUUUAGAGGGAGAGUCCUCAAGGUAAUGCCCAAGAGGACCAACAUGCCAGGCAUCAGCACCACGGACAGGGGAGGACACCGAGGCGGCCAAUCCAGAGGCGGCAGAGGCAGAGGUGGUUUCCGUCCACCACGAUACCAGAGCAGCUCUCGAGGCAGGUUCAGGUACCAAUCGACCAGGCCGCAACAUCAAACACCCCACCCUUACUACGGAGGCCCCUCAGUGGGAAAGAGACAGUGGGGACACAUGGACUACCACGAACAGGUGCCUAAACGUUAUCCGUGUCUUCUUCUCAUCACCCCACCGUCAGAGGAGUUGGGGGCAGGGUCAAGUGGACAGCACUACCCUCAACAGCGUUAGCUCCACCCACAACAACUAAAGAAGAGUGGGUUAAAAAGAACUGACGGUUUUAAAGUGUUCCCAGGCAUUACUGAGUUAAGCAUCAUGUGAGAGAAGCAAGAAGGAUCGAUGAAAUGACUUCUUUUUUUUUUUUUAUUUGCAUCCCUGCAUCAAUCGUUCCAAGUAUGUGAGAUGUGAAAAAGAAGUCUGGGGUCAGCGGUGUUGCAUUACAAGCUUCUGUGAAUGCAUGGGACAAUCCUAAACUGCAUCUCUAACUGAUUUUACAAAUUGAUGCGAAUGUAUUGUGAUUUGCCUGCUAUGUCACGUAUAAAUCCUCCCUAUUGUAUAACUUAUAAGUUCUUUGCUAUGUAAGUGAAUGAAUAAAUAAAACAAUUGAUCUGGUAAGUUAACACA